GAUGUCCAAAAGCCAAGGCCAGCGAAAUGUCUCCAGAACCACCAGCAUCCGCCCAAGCGCAAGCCGCCGGCGCCGCCGGAGCCAAGGCCAAGUCCGACGAAAACGCCCAAGAGGACGCGAUCAAGAUCCUAAAGGCGGUGAUCGAGUUCAGAGCCAAGAACGGUGGGAGCAUCCCGACCCCGACCACCAUGGAUCCCGUCUUCAGAUCCCUCAAGGGCUCUCUCCACGAGGAGCUCCGCUCUGUUGACCACCUCUAUAGUCGGUUCCGGUCUCUGAAGGAGAAGUAUCGUAGGGCCUGCAAGGACGGAGUGGGCCCCACUGACUUUGACCGGGCGUUCUUCGAUCUCUCGGCUAGGGCUUGGGACAAGGAGGAGGCGGGGACGAAGAAGAAGAAGAAGACGACCGAGACGAAGAAGGCGGUGACGGAUGUUGUUACUAAUGCCGCUGAUGCUGGCGAUGAUGCAGAUGAUGUCCAUGACGGUGAUGAGGAGGAGGACGAGAAUGAGGAGGAGGUGGAGGAGGACGACGAGGAGGAGAAUGAGGAUGUCGCUGAUGGUUAUUUUAUGUACUUGAGUGGACAGGCUAGAAAAUAUUGGGAGCAGCUAGGGCUUCCGAUUGCAACAUUGGAGGUGGGCUUGAAGUUUUUGGACAGAUCGAAGGCGGCGGCUUUAGAGAAGAAAUGGAUGGCGCAUUUUGAAGAGGGGUUGAAGAUUGAAGCUCAAUCACAUGAGCUGUACUUGGAGAUUUGCAGCACCCUGCUUGGUGGGCUAAAGAGAAAGCGCGUAGAUGAUGAUUAGGUUAAUGGAUGAUUUUUUGGGCUGGUGCAUAAUGGAGGUGCCUUUCUCUGGCUUUUUGGGGAAUAGUUUGAAGUUUUGCACGGGAGUAUAUCGAUGCUUGUAUGUGUGUGCACACAUUCAUGUUCUGGUGUUUUGUCUGACUUAAGGAGACUCGGUGAUGUUUGUUGAUGGAAUGUAACUAAGCACAAACUGGGUUUCUACUAUUGCCCCUUCUCUUUUUGUGGAAAAGCUGCCUGAGCAAAUUCUAAAUAUACAUGUUUUGGAUGCUUUGGCUUAUCAUAUAUAUGGCUCUUUACCGCUGA